GAGGGAUGAGCAGUGGGAUGGAGGGCAGAUGGUUGGACGGAGGAAGGGUGGAGGAUGGAUGGAUGGACGCAUGGGGGGAGGGGGGGGCAGAUGGACGUUGAGACAGAGGGAUGGACGGACGGAGGGAGGAGCAGAGGGAUGAAGGUAGGGAUGAGAGGGAUGGAAGGAUGCAUAGUGGAGGGUGAAAUGAGGGAGGGAGGGAUGGUGAGAUGGAGGAGGGACUGGGGGAUGGAGGACCAGGGGGAGGGUCAUAUGGACAGAUGGAUGGAAGGAGGCACAGGCACAGGGAGUGAAGGAGGUAAAGAUCGAGGCAAAGAUGGACAGAAGAAGGCAAGGACAGGCAUAUCGUUGGAGGGGCGGAAAGGUAGACGGAGGGACAGAGGGAUGGAAGGAGGGUUGGAGGGAUGGAGGGAUGGAGGGAUAAAGAGAUGGCUCACGCGCUCACGGACGAGCUGGAAGGAGCAGGCAGCCAUAGCGGAGCUGCGCCGUCGUAUGCUGGAUGGGGCGCAUGGUGGUCCUUGGGUGCAAGUGGCAUCUGUGAGUUGGGGAACGAGGUUGAAUCAGUUGGUAGGUGAGGCCAACAUCAACAUGCACAACUUCCCGUCGUUUAGCAAGAAGGCCCUAGGCCUGGGAGCAAAGAUAGGGCAUGGUCAAACACCCACGACGGAUGGUAGGAAAAAGACACUGCCUCCUAACUGGAAGGCGAAGGGGCACAUCAUGUUCGUCGACAACGAUGGUUCCACCAUCGAAUUGGACGACGACUUCCAGUCGGGAGUGGGUUCAGAGGCCGGUAGCGUAGAAGCUUUAGGGGGUGGAGUAGUUGCUGCCGUAGCGCAAAAAGGGGUUGUUGAGAGGGAGGUCGUCCACGCAAUAGAGAUUAUCCCAGGGUCUAGUAUCCCAAAGGGUAGGAUCAAUCUGAUGUCUCCAGGCGAGCUUGAUGAGCUUAAGGAACUCAUAGAGAAGGGUUGGAUCCGGCCGAGUGUUUCUCCUUAUGGAUCUCCGGUCCUAUUCGUACCGAAGAAGGGGGGAACACUGAGGAUGUGCAUUGACUAUAGGGGCCUCAAUGCCAUCACUGUCAAGAACAGAGAGACCCUACCACGCAUUGACGACUUGCUAGAUAGAGUGCAAGGGUGCUGGUUUAGUAAGUAUGCUAGGUUAGUUGAAAUGUCGGAAACAGCAAAGACUGAGUACGUCUUUAGACUAUUCAAGGAGAACUGGGUCAGAGAUUUUGGAUUACCAAAGUCUAUCGUGAGUGACCGGGAUGUUAGAUUCACUAGCGAGUUGUGGAAGGCUGCAGCUGCAGAACAGGGAACACAGCUGCAAAUGACCUCUGGGAAUCACCGAGAGGCCAACGACCAAGCAGAGCAACUGAAUCGCGUUGUACAACACCUGCUGCGGCAUUACAUCAAGCCCAACCAGGUGGACUGGGAUGAGAAGCUUGCUCUCAUCGCCAGCUUGUACAACAACGUUGUGUACAGCGCCACAGGGCACUACCCCAACUGGGGCCUUCCAGAUGCAGCGCCCAACAAGGUGAUGAAGAUGGUGACUACCAUAGCCAGAGGAGCAGGCGACGAAGAAGAAGAAGAUAGAGGAGGAGAUGAUGAGGCUGCAGAAGGAGAAGAUGUUGAGGUUGCAGCAGGAGGAAGAAGAGAAGAGAAGGCUGCCGAGGAAGAAGCAGCAGCAGAAGAAGAGGAGGUAGAAGAAGAACCUCUUGAGAGGAGGCGUAGGGAAGAAAGAGGAGAGGCGAGUGGCACGAAGGGAGAGGACGUGUGGAUGGAGAAGAAGAUAACUAAGUGGGUGACUAAUUUAUCGUUAGGGGAGGAUGAGGAGGCACAGUUGUACGUGCCGCUGGAGGAGAAAGAAGCGUUUGCUAGGGAGUUGGAGGCAAUAGAAAAUCCCCUAGAACGCCAGCCAACAGAGGACGAGAAGAAGUUGGAGUGGAAGUUGCGAAUGAUGAGGGAGAAGAAGAGGAGGAGAGAGGAGGCUAACGGGUGGAGGAAUGCGCGAGCACUCAGAGCUGUCAUGGACGACUUAGUAGCCGUCCCGAACCAUGGGGUCAUUGAGACCCAGUUGGUCCAGUUGUUUUAUCGUGCCAUGCCAAAGCCCUUGCGAGGGCACUUUUUUGACAAGACCCAGCAGCCCAAUAUCACGUAUGACGCGUUGAGUAGGGAAGUGGUCUUGUUUGAGGCCAAGUCCAUGCUAGUUUCCACUUUCUGGCACAAGGACAUAGAUAAGGGAAAGAAGUGGAAAGGCCGUACCAUCUAUGGCCAAGUUAGGGCCAAGGAUCAUUUGAUCCUCACUUUAGACGAAGGUGGUACAGACGAGGUCCUUUACAGUCAGAUUGAGUGGGGCCUCGAGGAGGAGGACAGUAGCGUAGGACAGCGUCUCUCUAGGCACUUCCCUCACAGGCGUGGCAGAAGAGUUGAAGGAGAGGAUGCCAGCUUGGGCCAAAAUGAAGAAAGACAAGGGCAGCUAGUGUUAGUUGAUGUAGAGGUUUUUAGAAGUAGAGUAGGGGCCCUUAUACAUUCAGGGGCCACCCGCAGUUAUAUUAGCCGUAAAGCGCUGAAGAAGUUGAGGCUAGGAUUGAAAGUCCAAAAGUUAGAAAACCCCAUAGUUAGUGUCCUCGCAAACAACCGCACGAUGCGUGUUGAGGACUACGUAGAGGGAGUCCAGGCGUAUUUCCGCCUAGAGAAAGAUGGGAAGGUGGAGAAAGUUCUCCAUUCCCUGACUCUCCUCAUACAUGAUGACCUUCCGUUUGACAUAGUCCUAGGCAUGGACUGGGGAGAGGCAGCAGGGGCCACACUCCACUUGAGAGAGCAUGAGUGUAGGCUCCCUAGUCCGUCUGGCGAGGUUAAGACUGCCUGCCUAUUCCAUGUGUCAGGAGUAGAUAACUCGCUGGCACAUUGCUGUCUCAGUGCUCCCACGUUCGCGAGAUUAGUGAGAAAGGAGCAAUUAGAGGAUCAGGUCUUCGUAGUAUAUGUCAGACCUGUCACUGAGCCUAAGGAGGGGGAUAGGCCCAUGGAUCCAGCCAUUGCCAAGCUGCUGGAAGAGUUCAAAGAUUUGGUAGAGUCGUCGACAGGAGUAGUACCACGGCCAAUCCAGCACAGGAUAGAGAUAGAGCCUGGCGCCGUCAUGGACCAGAGGUCCGGAGAAGCAGACGAGGCCUAUCAGGCCCGGAUGCUGGCUUGGAGUACCGAAACAAAGAAACGGGCAGAUGGCGCAACAGCAACAGCGAAGAAGAAGGCAGAGGACGCCGAGCAGGCACGUCUGUUGGCACUUGAACAACAGCACCAGCAUGACGAGGCAGCAGCAAGGGCGGCCGAUGAAGAAAGAAACCAACGUCGUGAGAAGAUAUUUAGUGGAGAGCAGACUUUGCUCACAAUGGCAGCGGAAUGGCGGACCGAUGCCGAGAAUGGCAAGAUGGGGGAUAGCGAAAACAAGAUCGCUCUCCUCCUCUCCCAUCUCACAGACCUCCUGGCAACCUGUAUUACACAGCAGGAGGAUAUCCACAGCCUCGACGACUCGCUAACUCAAGUACAAGGCCGCCUCCAGCAGCUGGAGCAGCGACCCGUCGCCGCCCCCGAUGCAAGCUCUUCCAAUACCUCCGAUCGCCUCGAAGCAUUGGAGAUGGACGUCGGCUCCCUCAAGGACGGCGUGCAGUUACAACAGACCGCAACGCAACAGUUGCAACAGCGGAUCUGUGCUACCGCCAACACCUCAAGUUCGGAACCGCGCGAGACAGCUCCAAAGUUUGACGGGCAGGAGAUCUUCUGCGACUCGACAAAGACAAAUCCGAUUCCAUGGUUCCGCAAGUUCGAGCUCACGCUGCAGCUACACAACGUCAAAGAACACAAGCAACACGCAUACUUGUACUCUCACUCAGGGGGCGCGUUGUCGGAAGACGAUGUACCGCAGCGGCAGAAGUUGACUCGUCGCAGUCAGCCUCCGCGCUGCAUGAAAGCAAUCACUAGUGCAAGAGAGGGAAAUGUUGAGGCAACUGCGGGAGGAAACUUGAAGGCCGAGGAGAUCCUUGGUCUUCUCGUUAAGCUUGGUAGCUUCGAGAAGUUAACCCUUCCUGCCCCAGCAACUCAAGCUCUAGUCGGAGCCGAAGAAGCGGGCUUGGCGUGGAGUGAUAUCUUUCUUGGAGAGGAUGGAGGAGACGAUGGUGUUGUCAGUGCGGAUGGUGAAGUAUUGCSYGUCGAGGUACGGGCGCCAGACUGUGAGGGCGUGAAUCACGGCGAGGAGUUCCUUCUCGUUGGAGGGGUAAUCCAUCUCCGCGAAAAGGAGCUUCUUGCUUGCGAAGGCGAUGGGGUAUUUGCCGGGUGGAGCCUCGGGGUGAGUGGGCGAGUCCUUGAUGGAGGGGGUCUCGGCGGUGUCGUGGGGGAAAUGUUGGGACAAUACGACUCCGAUGGCGAAGUCGGAGGCAUCAGUGGUGAUAUAGAAAUGGCGAGUGGGGUCGGCGAUCUUGAGGACAGGGGUUGUGGUGAUGGUUUGCUUGAGGAGGUCGAAAGCGUGUUGGCAGCGAUCGUUCCAAUUGAAGGGCUCAUCCUUGCGUGUGAGUUCGUGGAGAGGGUAAGAGAUCUCGGAAAAGUUCCGAAUGAACGGGCGGUAAUAGUUGGCAAGGCCGAGGAAGGAACGGAGUUGGAGGAGGGUCUUGGGCGGGGGGUACUCGACGAGGGUUGUGGCCUUCGAGGGGUCCAUACGAAUGCCUUCAGCGGAGACAAUGUGGCCAAGGUAUUCAACGCUCGAAGCGGCAAACGUACAUUUGCUGAGCUUGGCGUAGAAUUUUUGCUCUCGGAGGAUCGAGAGGACUUGGCAAAUGUGCUGAAGGUGGGACUCAAAGGUGGGGCUAAAGAUGAGGAUGUCAUCAAGGUACACGGCGACACAGACUUCGAGGAGGUCACGAAAGAUGUGGUUCAUGGUGGACUGGAAUGUGGUGGGGGCAUUGGUGAGUCCAAAAGGCAUUACGAGGAACUCGUAGUGCCUGAACCGAGCGCGGAAUGCGGUUUUGUGGGUGUCCUCCUUGCGGAUACGGAUCUAGUGGAAGCCACUGCGGAGGUCGAUCUUGGUGAAAUAUUUGGCUCCACGGAGACGAUCAAGAAGUUCAGAUAUCCGGGGGAGUGGGUACUUGUUCUUGAUCGUGAUCCGGUUCAAGGCACGAUAGUCUGUGCACAUUCGCAGUACCUCGAAGACGAAGCUGGAGCAACGGCGCUGCAGUUUCUGGAGACGGCGGGGUGGAGAGGAAGAAGGCGGUCGGGAGGCACGAUCCUGGCGUUCCAUCCGCAUAAGGUGGGCGGCCUUGAGGUCCUCAAUGGUGAAUUGGGAGGGGUCGAGAGAGGCAGUGUCGAAGUCGUCAUCGGAGGUGGGUGGAGUGGUGUCGUCAGGGGUGAUGUUAUGGAACAAGCGGGCGCGGAAAGGAGCGGGCGCGAACUGGUGAUGGGGGUGGAGUCGAUCGUGGUGAAGCAUGCGAGAGAGGAGGUCAGCAAGGGGCAUGUCGGGUUCGUGGGCGAGGGCGGUUGCGAGAUCUUUGUGGCAUACUCGCUUGAUGCGGGAGAUGAAUGCAAAGUCGGGAAUGACGGUGGUGGGGAGGUGAUGGCGGAGGGAGCGGAUGUAUUGGACGAAACAGUUCGUGGUACCGGUCUGGCGGAGGUGACAGAAUUUGAGAAGGUUGGCCUAUUGGAGGAAGGAGUGACGCGGUCCUCCGGAGGCGCGAAGGUUGCUGACUUCGGCCAUCCACCAUUUGGCGGCAUUGUCGAGGAGGCGGGAGGUGGCAAUGGGAAGCCAGUGGACAAGGGGCAUGUGGUGGAGCUUGAAAGAGUUUUGGAGCUGGGUAAGGAAGAGGAAAACGUCCUUGUGGGGAAGGCCGGAGAAGGGCAUGAUGUCGGCGGAUCGGAAGGAACGGGGGAUUUCCCCUUCGCGGGAAACGAUCCGGUCGAGGGUGUUGAAGUUGAGGUUAUCGCGGGUAGUGUCAUAGCAGGUGUAAUCGAAUUGGCUGUUGUCGUCAAGGAGGUAGUUGGGGGGAAGUUGUGGCAUUGCGGGGUAAACCCCAGAGACAUGUUGAUGGAAGAUAGGGCCACGGUGGGGGAAGAGGGGGUGGAUGACGUGGCCGGAGCGGAAGUGGAGGCGGUAGCAGCGGAUGUGAUAGCGGCAGCGGUGGCGGUGGCAGCGGCAGCGGUGGCGGCGGCAGCGGCAACGGCGUCGGCGGCGACGCGUUGGGAGGUCUUGGUUUGGCGUGGUGGCAUGUGGAGAUGGGGGGACAAUUCCUAUUUACAAGAAUAGAGCGUCAUCAAGUGAUUUAGCAAUGAAGGUAGCAGAGAAUC